AGUAUGGAAUUGAAAUUUCUACUUUAAAUAUUUUAAAUGCAAUUGAUUGGGUUGCAGAAGCAUGGAAAAAUAUAAUGGAAAAUAUAAUAUAUAGAUGUUGGGAAAGAACUAAUAUUUUACCUGAUAAAUUAGAUAUUAAUAAUGAAUUAUUAGAUAGUAAUAUUGAGGUAGAAGACAAAAUUAUUCAAUCAUUUAUUAAUCAGAUAAUAGUUGACAAUAGUACUAUUGUAAAAGCAAAAGAUUAUAUUGAAAUCGAUAAUAAUUUAGAAACAGGUAAUAUGCUUAAUAAUGAUGAAAUUAUUACUGCUGUUCAAGAAGCCCCUGAAUAUGAAGACGAAG